CACACACACACCCUCAGCUACAGACAAAAUGGCCGACAGGAAGUCAGCGUGCUGUGGUUUCUCCGCCCUCGAGGUCACGCUGGGCGUCCUCUUCAUCCUGAUGACGAUGGCGUGUGUGACCCUGAUCACAGUGAUGUUCACCUGGAAGAGUGACCCAGCUCCAGCUCCAACAUCUGGACCAACGCUUCCUCCUCAGAACCAAACUUAUCUGAUCGGAGUGGGUCGAGCCGAUUGCACUGGUCCACCGGCUGAGAUCCCUCUGAUGGGCUACGCAAACCCUCAGCAGAAGGCUGCAGGCAUACACACACGCCUGUACAGUCGAGCCUUCAUCAUCGAUGAUGGGGGGCGGAGACUUGUGUUCGUCACCGCAGACGUGGGAAUGAUAUCACAGAGACUUCGGCUGGAGGUGCUGCAGGCGUUGCAGCUGAAGUUCGGGGACGUGUAUCGUCAGGAGAACGUGGUUCUCAGUGGAACUCACACUCACUGUGGACUGGGCGGAUUCUUCCAGUACACGCUGCUUAUGAUCAGCAGCAGCGGUUACAUCAGAGAGUCCAUCAAACCACUGGUGGACGGUAUCGUCAGGAGCGUCGACAUCGCUCAUCGUAACCUGAGACCAGGAAGAAUUUACAGGAACACGGGAAACAUCGACGACAGCAGCGUCAACAGAAGUCCUCACUCUUACAUGAGAAACCCACAGGACGAGAGACACCGGUACAAGUAUGACACUGACAAACAGAUGAUGGUGCUGAAGUUCACAGAUCUGGACGGAGACGGGAUCGGAAUGCUCAGCUGGUUUGCUGUCCAUGCCGUAAGUAUGAACUACACCAACCUCCUGGUGAGCAGUGACAACAUGGGCCACGCCUCCUACCUGAUGGAGCAGGACAAGAACCCUGGAGAGUUACCUGGACAGGGUGGCUUUGUCGCUGGCUUCUCGUCCAGUAACCUUGGCGACGUGAGUCCGAACAUUAAAGGACCUCACUGUACGAACACAGGACAACCAUGUGACUUCCUGAACAGCUCAUGUCCUGUGGGAGGGGCUAAGCUGUGUACAGCGUUUGGACCUGGUGAAGACAUGUUUGAAAGCACAAGGAUCAUUGGACGAAACAUCUACAUGAAGGCCAAGGAGCUUUAUGCAAACGCAGACCAGGAGGUGUCAGGUUUUCUUCACUUUGCUCAUCAGUGGGUCAACAUGACAGAGGUCAAAGUUCAGGUCAACAGUACACACACGGUCAGUACCUGUAAACCAGCUCUUGGUCACAGUUUUGCAGCAGGAACCACAGAUGGAGGCGGAGACCUGAACUUCACUCAGGGGGCGGUCGAGGGCGACCCGUUCUGGGAUGGGAUCAGAGACGCUCUCGUGGGUGAACCGUCCAAUGAGACGCAGGAAUGUCAUCAUCCUAAACCAAUCCUGUUCAGCACAGGAGAGAUGAACUGGCCGUUGCCAUGGCACCCUCAGAUCAUCGAUGUUCAGAUCAUCAUCAUCGGCUCCAUCGCUGUCAUCGCUGUUCCUGGAGAAAUCACGACGAUGGCUGGACGGAGACUGAGAGACACUGUUAAACAGGAGCUGCAGUCUCAGGGUUCGUUCCAGGACGUGGAGGUCGUGAUCUCUGGCCUCAGUAACGUUUACACUCACUACAUCACCACCUUUGAAGAAUACCAGCUACAGAGAUAUGAAGGAGCCUCUACCAUCUACGGUCCUCACACGCUCAGCGCUUACCUGCACAAGUACAGAGCUCUGGCCAGAGCCAUCGCACAGGACCAAGUUUCCGAUCUUCCCGUCGGACCUCAGCCUCCAUUUUUCGAGAAGUCGCUCUUUAAUCUGCUGCCGAAGGCGGCCGUGGAUAAGAAACCAGUGAACAGCAGCUUUGGAGACGUCCUGCAGCAGGUGUACCCCGUCUACAGACAGGGAGACGCCGUCUCGGUCACGUUUGUCGCAGGAAACCCAAGACACUCCGGGGACAUCAGAGAUAAAACCUUUGUUGCCGUGGAGAUCUAUGACAACAGAACAGGAACCUGGGAGGUUGUGCACACUGAUGCAUCAUGGGAGACCAGGUUUCAUUGGCUGAAGGGUUCAAGAGGAAGCAACGCCACAGUGGAGUGGUACAUUCCUGUGGCGGCGCCCAGCGCCUCCUACAGGAUCAAACACUUUGGACAUUAUAAACAGAUGAAAGGGCUGCGUCCCGUCAUCACGCCGUACGAAGGCUUGUCCGACGUCUUCACAGUCAAAGCUAGUUUUUACUAUCAGUGACGUCAUCAGUGACGUCUUCAGACUUCACACAUUUGUAAAAUCAUUAAAAAAAAAUUAAACGUUAAAUUUACAACAUAAAUGUUAAACGAUGCAAAAUAAACCUCAAAUGUUUGAAUGUUAAAUCUUAAAUAAACUGAGUCAUUAUUAAAAAUA